ACCGUCUCCAGACACUGCCAGAUGUCCUGGGAGGCGGAGUUGUCCUCAGGUGAGAACUGCUGCUCUGAUUCAGCAGUCAGAUCUUCUGACACUUGUUUUCUCUUCUUCUUCAGCUUUCCGCUUGGCCCUCAUCCAACUUCAAGUUUCUUCCAUCAAAUCGGAUAAUCUCACUCGAGCUUGUGGCCUUGUCCGGAAGGCAGCCGCACAAGGAGCAAAAAUUGUUUCCCUGCCAGAAUGCUUUAAUUCUCCAUAUGGCACAAACUAUUUUCCUGAAUAUGCAGAGAAAAUUCCCGGUGAAUCCACACAGAAGCUCUCAGAAGUAGCAAAGGAGUGCAGCAUAUAUCUCAUUGGAGGUUCCAUUCCUGAAGAGGAUUCUGGGAAAUUGUAUAACACCUGUGCCGUGUUUGGGCCUGAUGGAGCUUUACUAGUAAAGCACAGAAAGCUCCAUCUGUUUGACAUUGAUGUUCCUGGGAAAAUCACAUUUCAAGAAUCUAAAACAUUGAGUCCUGGUGAUAGUUUCUCUACAUUUGAGACUCCUUACUGCCGAGUGGGCCUAGGCAUCUGCUACGACAUCCGCUUUGCAGAGCUUGCACAAGUCUACGCGCAGAGAGGCUGCCAGCUGUUGGUCUAUCCUGGAGCUUUUAAUUUGACCACUGGACCAGCUCACUGGGAGUUGCUUCAGCGAGGCCGGGCUGUUGAUAACCAGGUGUAUGUGGCCACUGCAUCUCCGGCCCGAGACGACAAAGCCUCCUAUGUUGCCUGGGGACACAGCACUGUCGUGAAUCCUUGGGGGGAGGUCCUGGCCAAAGCUGGCACUGAAGAGACGAUCGUGUAUUCAGACAUAGACUUGAAGAAGGUGACUGAAAUACGCCAGCAAAUCCCCAUAUUUAACCAGAAGCGAUCAGACCUCUAUGCUGUGGAGGCGAAAAAGCCCUAAGCCUUCCUUUCCUGGGAACUUUCUAUUGAGAUGAUGGAACUUCAGCACACUGAUACUCUCCACACCAUAUUAAAUAGGCAAAAAGGACUCAGGCUGGGCAUUGAAGAGCGGGAGGAGAAGGGGAUGGUUCCAAACCUUAUUCCAUAAUUAAAUUACGUCAAAGAAGUUGAUAAAAAUAUGAGAUUUGGGUAUUCUGGUGGUUGAUUUACCUGAUACAAAUGUAUUUGUGUCAUAAACCUCUUAUCUCAUUGCUAGAAUUGGAAUCCGUUAUGUAGAAAGUGGGUAUACUGUUUUCAGCAGUACCUUAAAGUUAUAUUUUGGGUUUAUGAGUAGCUGUGGAAAGCAGGGUGAUGGGUCCUUGGUGUUUGUAGGGGAGAUGGCAGUCCCUGUUGCAGCCUUCGAGAAGGAGCUAAAGAGUUGACCCCAAACUCUCCAGGUCUUAGGGGCAAGACUGUGUCAGCAGUGAGGCCUGUGGGAGGAUGGCAGUAGAAGCAUUUGGUCAGGUGCAGGAAGCCAUCCAUUGUCAAUGCUAUCAUGAGAGUGCAUCAAGGAACUCGGAAGGCUGAUGAAUCUUGAGUUUUAGCAGGGCUAAAAGCUAUGCACUGAUUGUUCUGUGUUGAGAUAGCGAUGGCUUGAAGCAAUUUCCUGACCUAAUAGCCUCAAAGUAAAUCUUUACUGACCUUUGAGAUUGUCUGCUACCUGUUUGCCGUGCUUAACUGAGGGCAAGAUGUGUAUCUAAAAUUGAAUAAAAGCUGACAAGGCCAGGGUUUCAGGGAGCUUCUCCUCUAGACAGAGGUUUCCACCUGGCCCCCCAUGCCUUCUAAAUUCA